AUGUCCACAGUCAUCAUCGGCGGCGGCAUAAUCGGCGCCUCGGUUGCCUACUAUCUCAGCAACGAUUCUGCUGAGAAGGAACAAGACGUACAUGUUAUAGAGUCAUCGUCGCAACUCUUCAGCGCCGCGUCUGGGUAUGCCGCGGGAUUCAUUGCCAAGGACUGGUUCUCGCCGGGUGUUUCGCCAUUAGGCGCGCUGUCGUUUGGUUUACAUCAGAAAUUGGCGGCGGAGAAUCACGGGCAGCGUGCAUGGGGGUAUAUGCAAGGGACGGCGCUGAGUCUUGAUCUUGAUGAGAGGGAGGCUGGUGUGCGUGGGAAGGAAUGGGUUAGUGAGGGGGCGAGUCGAGCAGAAGCUGUUAAUAAGAGGGAGCAUACGGUCGUGGAGGAGGGUGAAGCGCCGGCGUGGUUGACAGGGGGGCGAGCGGAGGUUAUCAGUGAUGAAGGCGUUGGUCAAGUGGACCCGUUGAGAUUGUGUCAGUUUCUUCACGACAAGACGGUUUCUCGAGGGGUAACAUGGCAUCGUCCAGCGCAAGUGGUGUCUCUUACCAUAAACCCAAGUACACAGCUCAUCCAUAAACUGUUCCCAUCAGCAUCGAUUUGGCCGAGAAUUUCCCCAUUGGCUGGCUAUUCGCUCUUGCUUCGAUCACCUCGACAUACGCAAAUCCACGAGCAGGAGAGAUAUAAAGGGAAAAGCCACGCUAUUUUCGCAUCAUCAAACCCCCAUCUAGGCGGAUUCAGUCCGGAGAUUUUCUCUCGGCAAGGCGCAGAAAUUUAUAUUGCGGGCUUGAACAGCAGUGACCUUGCGCUGCCGACAAGAGCAGAGGGGUCAAAGUUUUUGAUAGACGCGCAGAAAAUUAAUGAAUUGAAGAAAGUCGCUGUGAAGUUAAUGGGGAAGCUAGCCUCAGGACACUCAGAGUCUUCUAGCGAAGUAGUCAACGACGAUGAUCUCCAAGUACUUCGAGAAGGGCUAUGUUUUCGACCAUUGUCAAAGACAGGUACCCCGAUUGUGUCCAGAGUCAAAGAUGAAUAUCUCGGCGCCAACAUCAAGUCAGACCACUCAGCUGUGGGCAGGAAUAUAGGCGGCGUAUUCAUUGCCUCAGGCCAUGGACCAUGGGGUAUUUCGUUGUCGCUGGGGACUGGCAAGGUCGUUGCUGAUCUGAUAGAUGGUGUUGAGCCAUCGGCUGAUGUUAGCGCGUUAAGUUUAUAUUCGAUUGAAGAGGACGGCUACAAUGACAGCAAUCGCGCGUUCCUGCAAGCUUUCAUGGCCCGGUCCAGCAUGACCUUUGAGGAGGCGAAGCCCGUGCUUGCUGCUAUUUUUUCAGCUCAUGAAAAGCGAGAAGUGCUACAAGAAGACAUCACGCAAGCCGAUUUCAACUCGUACAUCGCCACCGCGAACAGCGCAAUAUCGCCGUUUGAUUUGGAAAUCAAGGCUACGAAGCGACAGACUGUUAUCAACGGCGAAAGCAACGGCCAGACGCCAUCCCCGUUUGUCUAUGCCUUGGUGAAUACUACGAGCGACCCGCUCACGCAAUUGGCUACGAUGUACACUGUCGACGAAAUCGCGUUUGUGAAGCGCCUUCUAGACGCCAUGUUUGAGACCUAUAAUACGAGGAGAUGCGAGGCCAUGGUUGUGUCGAGCAUGCAGGCGAUACAGUUGGCAAAGGUUUCGUCGGGAGAUACAAGUCGCAGAGAUUCGACUGACCUUCCGGGGACGACGCAAGCUGGAGCGGCGCAGUCGCUGAGUAUGAGCCAAGCGGAAACAGUCCUGUCGAGUUUGGUGGAUGAGGGAUGGCUGGAGAAAAGUGCCAAGGGUUUCUUCAGUCUUAGUCCUCGCGGUCUCAUGGAGUUGCGUGGUUGGUUGGUGGAUACAUACAAUGAUGAGGACGAGGAGGGGCCUCAGUCGCGCCGCGUCAAGUUCUGUGCUGCGUGCAAGGAGAUCUUGACUGUUGGCCAACGAUGUGCAGACCGAAACUGUCCCGGACGUCUCCAUGACAUGUGUGUGCGCAGCUUUUUCCGGCUACAACAGAGUGAACGCUGCCCAGUUUGCAAAAUCGAAUGGCCUGGAGAUAAGUAUGUCGGCGAGAGGGCUUUGGCUGCCAACAAUCAGGGAAGACAACAGAGCAGAAAUACUCAAAUGACGAAUGGAACGAGCCAAGUUGAUGGUUCUGCAGAUCAGCCCAACGAGGAUGAUGCAGAAAGUUGA